UUUUAAGAUUAUAUAGAAACGCAUUUGACUUUGCAUGCGACGCUCCCGCACCUUUGAAAGAAAAAUCUGUUGGAUCACGAAACAGUUAAAUACAGCUCGAUCAGUCAGCUGUUAAAGGAUUUGCUCGGUUUCCGACUAGUAUAUGUCCUUAAUUUUGCAACAACAUUUUUAUUUUUUAUUUUGUGCGAUGAGAAUCACAGUAACGUGGUAUGUCUGUAUAUAUAAAUAUCUUUUUUUUUCGACUUUCAGUUUCCCAACAGCCGCUACAUGUCAAAGUGCAUGAUAUAUUAAAUUUUUAAAACACUUUGGUAAACGUUUGUGACCCAAGAUACUAAGGGGCGUAAUUGUAGGAAGUCAUUAUUAGCCAGUCUUCUGCCUUAAUUUAAAUCUAUAUAUAUUUUCACAUUCACUGUUUCUAUUCAGGUCAAAAUCCAGAACAUAUUUCAGAACCUUUUCUGAGAGAUCGUCUCAUUGAAUGAUGAAUUCAUUGCUCAUUUUAUAGAUAUAAAACUUUUUUUUAAACAAAUGUAUACAGUAUUCAGCGACUAAAGAGGAUACAUUUACUAGUACCCACGUACGGACAUGUCAUCACAACCAGUGAUAUUUCUCUCUCAUGGCGGAGGACCUUCUUUCUUCCUUUCAGCGAAAGAAAUGCCAUUACUGAAGGGUCUGGACAAGGAUUCAAAGGCAGCUGAGUUUUUAAGAACAUUAACAAAAACGCAGGACCUGAGACGUCCGGACUGUUUGGUGGUCAUUAGUGCCCAUUGGGAGGAGUCUGUUUGUACCGUCCAUACCGGGAGUCGACACACUUUGUACUAUGACUACGGAGGUUUCCCUCCCGAGACCUAUAAAAUACACUGGCCUGUUGUGGGAGCACCUUCAAUUGCACAAAAAGUGAAAAAAUGCCUCCAAGAUGCUGGAAUAAAGAGUGAAGAAGAAACAAAAAGAGGCCUGGACCACGGUGUGUUCGUUCCACUGAAACUGGUCUUCCCAGAGGCGAAUAUUCCAGUUGUACAAGUCUCUUUGUUAAAAAACGAGAGGAUGAGUGACCAUUUGAAGAUUGCAGAAGCACUAUCUCCACUUAGACACGAUAACAUUUUGAUCAUCGGUAGCGGCUUUGCUACACAUUCCUUAGGACAAAGUCUUGAACCAGAAAAAUGGGCAAAGGACGUCAAAUUAUGGCUCAAUGAUGUCCUUACUAACAAGAAUUACUCCCCCUCAGAGAGAAAGGAGAGACUUCUGGGUUAUAAGUCAGCCCCAGGCUUUUCUAAGGCUCAUUCUACACUAGACCACUUCCUUCCGCUGGCGAUGGCCUGUGCAGCUGCGCAGUACAGUCCAGGGAAACUACUGUACUCAGAAUUUGUAAAAUCGCUACUCAAUGAGCAUUACUUAUUUUGAAGCCAUUCUGUUACAAUUGAUCUGUUAUCAAACUGGAAGAUAAGACCGCGGAACAUCAACUGGCAAAAUUGGAAAUAUGCAGCUUACGCCAUUUCCAUCUGUUACAAUCAAAACAUUUAAUGAUAGACAAUGGAAUGUGCGGGUACAAUUCGGCACGGAUGUCCGAGAAAACAUUGAAUUGAAAUUCUAGUUUGAAAUUCAAUCCACCUCAGCUACGCUAGAUGUCAUGUGAAAUUUUUUGACCCCCCUCCCCUUUCUAGAAUCAAAUGGCCAUCCCCUGAAAAAACAAGCAUUCUGAGAGUAUUGCAUUAGCAAUACUAGUCCCCUACCGGCAAGUGUAAACUGGUUCCCGUUAAGAAUUGAAAAUGCCAUAAUUCCGUCAAAAAUCAAUGAAGCAGGACGAAAUGCAAACUUGAUCUAUAACUAAUCAAGGUAAAGUCACAUACCAAAAAUCAGCUCAAUAUCUGAAAGCGUUUAGAAGAAAAUUGCGGAAAACCCCUAAAAAUUGAAAAGACUGUAAUUCCGUCAAAAAUCAAUGAAGCGGAACGAAAUGCAAACUUGAUCUGUAACUCAUCAAGAUACACUCACAUACCAAAAAUCAGCUCAAUAUCUGCAAGCGUUUAGGAAAAAAGUGCGUAAAACCAAGUGGGACAGACUGACAGACAGACAGACAGAGGGACAGACAGACAGACGGACAGACAGCAAGACGGACAGACGGAAGGACAGACUCAGAGGAAACCUAUAGUCCCCUCUGGUUUCACCGGUAGGGGACUAAUAAUCUCUGUCUUCUAUGACCUUUACGUGUCCUUAAAAUUAUAGCCUAAAAAACUCAUAUAAAUAUGAAUUUCAAACAACAUGUAGUCUGGAAUUGAAAUUAUUUGUCUUUGGAUCAUACAAUCACACUUUGCGUUUGAAAACAGCUCAGGUGGAUUGAAGAUGAAUUUCAAACUAGAAUUUCAAUCAAAUGUUUUCACGGACGUCCGUGUCGAAUUGCAACCGCCCUUUUCAUAAGCUAUCAUUAAGGACAUACGCAACGUAGUUUGUACUUUAUAGUCUUUUUCCUUGGAGUUGAAGAGUUCCAAUACUUCAAGGAACUGUGUGCUACAUUUUAAUGUCUAUAUAUGUUAUUGUACACUUCUUCUAAAACAAGUUAGGAUAAACAAAACAUCUAGAAUAAAUGCUUAGUAAUUUUUGUAUAUUUUUCUUUGAGUUAUAAAAGAAUUUUCAUCAAUUGAUAUCUUUUCAAAACCCCUGGUAAUGCAUGCUGAUUUUUUGUCUACGAACAUCUGAUGGCACUAUAAUCUUAAAUUAAGAAUAUCUCGAAAAAUUAUCAGUAGGUAAGGUACGUUGCGUAUGUCCUUAAAUGUUUUGACUGUAACAGAUGGAAAAGACGUAAGCUCCAUAUUUCCAAUUUUGCCAGUUAAUGUUCCGCGGUCUUAGCAUUUCGAAGUAGACAUGAAACUUUUUAAUCUGAUGUCUGUUAAAAGGUUUCUCAUUUGUUGCUCUGUGCUUUUUACCAGAUAUGAUUUAUUUUAAUGAAUUUGUUUAGAUGUUCCGAAUCAGCUAUCGCUUUUAAACAUUUAACGACAUUCCCUAGAGGUUCGCGUCAGUGCGAGUACCUUUCAAGUAUGAAUAAACAUAAAAAUUUUGGCCAAUCAGAUUCAAGCUUCUGUAUAGGACUCAAAAAAUAGUUUCACGGCUACAUCUCAACAUUUCUGACGCUCAGUAGUUUGAGAAGCGGUAGCGGAUUCGAACAUGCAAUCUUCAUUACAUUGUGUUUAAAGGGUCUUGCAUGCACACAGAUUUGAAGUUAAUAUUUUAAAGAAUUUUCAGCAUAUCAUGACUUUUAUGUUGCUAGAGCAUUUCACAUCAAAAUAUUAUAAAAGCGUAUUUAAAAACUUCAGGGUUGGGUAUUUUUUGAAGCUACGAAUUUUGGGACGCGUUUGAUGGACACACAUCCUUUCACUUUCACGGGGUAAACUUUAUCCUAAGAAAAGUGGAAAAUUUGUUAAUCGAUGAAAAACAUUAAAAUAUCAAAAGAUUAAAAUGAUCCAGAAAAUUCAGAGUAGAAAUGUGAAAAUGCAAAACCAGCUCACAAAUAUUGUCAGUCCGUGCUCAGUGGUGUGUGCAGAGUAAACAAAUCGAACACACCCGGUAGAACGUAAACAUUAACAGUAACUGAGCUCAUCUCUAAAUGCUUGACGUGAUGUUAUAAAUAGUGUCGUUGUCAUUGAAUUUUACGAAAUUUCACGUAAGCUCAAUUUAUUACACUGAUUAUGAUUUUUUUUUAAUAUAAAAAUUGAAAAAUAAAAUUGUAAACAAAACGGCAAUGCAACUUUGUCCAAGCCUCUAUAAUUCUUUGAAUAUGACAUGUAAUUGUUGGAAUACAGAUCCGCCAGUAAAUGUUGUAUAAUUUUGUUGUUAUAUCCCACCUCUGAUGUUUUUAGAGGCCCAUGUUUGCCUGCUCCUGAUUUGGAUUGUUUGAAUGAACUUUGGAGCUUGAAUACUGUUCGUUAUCUCCAUAUUUCAUAAUAUUCCUUAAAACUGUUGCAGAUUCGAAAAAAAGAAAAUCAACAAGAUCAUCUGAUUUGUAUUAAACUUAUAGCAUUUGUUUUUGUUGUUUUUUUAAUGUGCAAAAUUGCACGAUAAUUUACUAGUAUCCGGAUUUAGAUUGGCCACUGUAUAGGUUGGCAACAAAGAGAAAGUUUUCAAUUUCGGUGAUUUUA